CGGAAGUGACAUCACAUUCGGUCGUGAGGCAGUUUAUUCUUGGACUUGCUGAAACAAAUCGCCGUCCAGCGCAACCAGGAGGAGAGAAAGAAACAUUCAAGUGUACAGAACAUGGACUGUGAAGAGAAGACGUACGGUGGCUGUGAAGGCCCAGACGCCAUGUACGUCAAGCUGAUCUCCUCCGAUGGUCACGAGUUCAUCGUGAAGAGAGAACACGCUCUGACGUCUGGAACCAUCAAGGCUAUGCUGAGCGGGCCCGGUCAGUUUGCCGAGAACGAGACGAACGAGGUGAACUUCAGAGAGAUCCCGUCUCACGUCCUGUCCAAAGUCUGCAUGUAUUUCACGUACAAGGUCCGAUACACCAACAGCUCCACAGAGAUCCCAGAGUUCCCCAUCGCGCCCGAGAUCGCCCUGGAGCUGCUCAUGGCCGCCAACUUCUUAGAUUGUUAAACGCCCGCGUCCACCCGCAUGGUGAACUAUAUCAUCUAUUUAUUUUCUCUCCCCCGCCGUGCCCGGGCCCGAUCGUAACGGAGCGGAUGAAAGAACGAGCGACGCCUCGGCAGUAAAUUCACCUGUUUUUUUAUAUUUUAGUCAUCAGUGCUUAUCUCAGUAUUUCAAUAAAUAUGUCAUUAUCUAUUAAUGUGAUGCUAGAUGUGAUACACAUAAACAUUUCUCCCCACAGUUACAUGGAAACCAGUCUGUAAUAAAUCUUUUUUUGUGGAAAAUAAAAGAAAUAUUUCCUUCAAGA